UCCACAUACGACCAUAGGACGUUGAAAACAAGGCUUCCCGUUCGCUCAGCCCUAUUUAAGCAACGUACCGGCGGACUAGUAGUUAGGUGGGUGACCACUAGCGAAUCCCCGCUGUUGUAUGUAUAUCUUUUUGGUGUUAUACCUCAAUUUUUGCCCGCGUGGGCGACCAAGGCGCUAGGGCCGAUGGGGCCUAGCAUUGUAUCCUCGCUGUUGUGCGUUUUUGCCUCCAUGUUGCACUCACCCACUUUCUUGUUUUGCUCUCACACCCGGCGUUAUGCAGCAAAAGUAGUCUUUCUUUAUGCCCUCGUUCACCCAUCAGUUGGAGGUUAUUGCCAUCCUAUCGAUCUGCCGAGGGGUCCUAGCGUUGAAGGAUUGUUACGGGAAGUGAAGUCAGAAGGAAAGCAGGUAUUAGGAGUGAUUGUGCUGUAG